AUCCAAGUCCGUAGUCUUCUCUCCAAGACAGAUACUUUGUCAGAUGAUAUAAGCACAUUCAUACCAAACCCCCUCUUUGAGAGCAUGCCCAAAACGUCAAGCAUCUUUAUUUUAUCUACAACAGCUAGGAACUGUGCUGAGCUGUACAAAUCCGGACGAAGGAUUAGUGGUGUUUACACUAUCGACCCAGAUGGUUCAGGCGCCUUUAAUGUAUAUUGUGACCAAACUACAGCCAACGGGGGAUGGACGGUGAUCCAGAAGAGAAUGGAUGGCUCCGUUGAUUUUAACCGCACCUGGAACGAAUACAAACAUGGCUUCGGUAACUUGGUCGGUGAAUUUUGGCUGGGACUGGACAAGAUAAACCGCCUGACUCGAAACAAGACAAAGAACAAGCUUCGGGUAGAUCUGGGGGUAACUACUGGCAAAACUGUUCACCCUGAGUAUGACUGGUUUGGGAUUGGGAACGAGACAGCUAAGUAUCGGCUAUACAUUGGCAAUAUUACAAGUAAGUUAACGGUUUCCUUUUUUUUCAGCAUUCAUCAUUCGAUUUAUACAUGUUAAUUCCCUCUCAUUUAAAUCUUAAUAUUUUACUCUACUUGGUCGAGUAAUGGUAUUAUGGGCUGGCAAAGUAGUCCUGAGGUAAACCUGAUUGGUUUUUACUCGGUCUGGAGUUAGGUAUUUGUGCCACGUAAGGAACUCAGUUCUUACUAACCUUAAUAUUUUCCUUUUUUCCGGUUAACAACAAGUUAUCCGCUGAAAAAGGCGUUAUACAAAUCCUAGAAUUAUGCGAAUUUCUUUUGUUUUGAAACAGAUGCCACUGUUUCCUCUGAUUCUCACGGUCCCCACAGGAAUCUCGUUUUUGGUACCUGGGAUAGAGAACCUGUUGAUUGUGCUCAAAGAAGUGGCAGAGGCUGGUGGUAUGGCGACGGUAUUAAUUGUGCUGUUUUUUCAAAUCUCAAUGGUAUUUAUCCGCGUUGUGGAAGUAAAACCUCUGCAGAUAUUCACUGGGCAGAGUUAGUUCGAACCAGCGCCGAAGGCAGCGCUCCUUCAUCAACUGAAAUGAAAAUUAGACCAGUAGACUUUUAA